AUGGCUGCUCGUCCCCAAAACAUCGGCAUCAAGGCCAUUGAGGUCUAUUUCCCUACUCAGUGUGUCGACCAGGUCGAGCUCGAGAAGUACGAUGGCGUCGCUGCUGGAAAAUACACCAUCGGUCUCGGACAGACCAAGAUGAGCUUCUGUGAUGACCGUGAGGACAUCUACUCCAUGACCCUCACCGUCCUCUCCUCCCUCAUGAACAAAUACAACAUCGACCCCAAGUCCGUUGGAAGACUCGAGGUUGGCACCGAGACCCUUUUGGACAAGUCCAAGUCCGUGAAGUCCGUUCUCAUGCAGCUUUUCGCUCCUCACGGAAACACCAACAUUGAGGGUGUCGACAACGUCAACGCCUGCUACGGUGGUACCAACGCUGUUUUCAACAGCAUCAACUGGGUCGAGUCCUCCGCCUGGGAUGGCCGUGAUGCCGUUGUGGUCUGUGGUGAUAUUGCUCUGUACGCCGCUGGUGCUGCCCGCCCCACUGGUGGUGCAGGCUGCGUUGCCAUGGUCAUCGGCCCCGAUGCCCCUAUCGUCUUCGAGCCCGGUCUCCGUGCCUCCUACCUCACCCACGCCUACGAUUUCUACAAGCCUGACCUCACCAGCGAGUACCCCGUCGUCGAUGGUCACUACUCCCUUCGGUGCUACACUGAGGCUGUCGAUGCCUGCUACAAGGCCUACGACGCCCGUGAGAAGUUCCUGAAGGCCCAGACCAACGGUACUAACGGUGUCCUCGACGAGUCCCGGUCCCCUCUGGACCGGUUCGACUACAUUCUGUUCCACGCCCCUACUUGCAAGCUUGUCCAGAAGUCCUACGCUCGUAUGCUCUACAAUGACUUCCUGGCCAACCCCUCGCACCCCGCUUUCGCCGAGGUUGCCCCCGAGCUCCGCGACCUGGACUACGAGAAGUCUCUUACCGACAAGGUUGUUGAGAAGACCUUCAUGGGUCUGACCAAGAAGCGUUUCGCCGAACGUGUCAACCCUGGUCUCCAGGUCGCCACCCAGUGUGGUAACAUGUACACUGCCACCGUUUACGGCGGUUUGGCCAGUCUGCUUAGCAACGUCGCUUUCGACCCCAAGGAGUCCAAGCGCAUCGGUCUGUUCAGCUACGGUUCCGGUCUUGCCAGCUCCAUGUUCAGCGCCAAGAUUGUCGGCGAUGUGUCCAACAUGGUUGAGAAGCUUGACCUCCAGAACCGCCUCAAUGCUCGCACUAUCCUCGAGCCUGCUGCGUACGAUGCCAUGUGCAAGCUCCGUGAGCACGCCCACCUGAAGAAGGACUUCAAGCCCACUGGUAACACCGAGACUAUUGGAUCCGGUGUCUACUACCUGACUGAGGUGGAUGACAUGUUCCGCCGCAAGUACGAGAUCAAGGCUUAA